AUGAUUCCAUUCGAGGGUUUGCUGCCAUGGGGCAUUAUCUUGACUUUCUUGACCGCAGGUGGUUCUUAUGUGUCUGUCUCACGAUACCUGACCAACGAUAACAAGAGGGUUCGCUAUAACUUGGAUCAGUUUGAAAAACAACUCAUUGAACGUGACUUCAGAUUGACUGGUAAAUUCAGAGCGCAGAGUGAUGAAGCAGUUGCUCCACAGGCAUUCAAGACCAACGGUAUCUGGAAGCUGGAGAAGACCAGUUGGUGGAAGGAUUAAAAUGCUGCUGUUGUUUGUCUUUUCCUUUUGGUCCUGUCCUUCCAAUAUCCCAAUAAUGGCUGGACACUUAUUUAUUCCAAAGAUUAAAAAUUCUAUCCUUAUUUAUUUAUCUCUUUUUUUCUUUAUCUAUUUAUUUAUAAAUCAAUUAAUUGAUAUGAAAUGUAUACACAUAUUACAAAG